UCCUCGGGACUUCCUCCGGGCGGGCCGACCAGCCUCACUUCACAGAGCCGCCGUUCUUGGUCCGUGAAGUGGGCCUAAGACCCCUUCCCCGAAAUCCCUGGGGCCAGAUGCGUUUUGGGAUGCAGAGAUUUUCCGAUUUGAAGGCCUCCUCACUGGAAAGGCAGAGCCCUGGCGUGGCCUCCUGCCUCACUCACAGCCUGUGCCCCGGGGAGCCCAGCUUGCAGACGGCAGCAGUGGUGUCCAUGGGCUCUGCAGACCAUCAGUUCAACCUCGUAGAGAUCCUCUCCCAGAACUACGGCAUCCGGGAGCAGUGCGAGCAGGCCGCGGGAGGCCCAGAGAAGCCCGAGGGGGAGCUGGAGAAGGACUUCAUUGCCCAGAGCAGCGACAUGCCCCUUGACGAGCUGCUUGCCCUCUAUGGCUAUGAGGCCUCAGACCCCAUCUCGGAGCGGGAGAGCGAGGGCAGUGACACCACAGCCAACCUCCCGGACAUGACCCUGGACAAGGAACAAAUAGCGAAGGAUUUGCUUUCAGGGGAAGAAGAGGAAGAGACACAGUCCUCAGCUGAUGACCUGACCCCAUCCGUGACCUCCCAUGAGGCCUCCGACCUUUUUCCUAACCAGAGUGGACCCUGCUUCCUGGCUGAUGCGGACAAAGACCCUGGCUCCUCCACGUCGUCCGACACAGAGGAGGACCCUCUUCCUGCCAACAAAUGUAAGAAGGAGAUCAUGGUUGGGCCUCAGUUCCAAGCCGACCUCAGCAGCCUGCAGUUGGACCGUCACGGUGAGAAACUCUACGAGAACGAUGACCAGCUGCUCUGGGACCCCAGCGUCCUCCCCGAGAGGGAGGUGGAGGAAUUCCUGUACCGGGCGGUGAAACGGAGGUGGCACGAGAUGGCGGGUUCGCAGCUCCCGGAGGGGGAGACGGUGAAAGACAGCGAGCAGGCGCUUUACGAGCUGGUGAAAUGCAAUUUCAAUGCAGAGGAGGCCCUGCGGAGACUGCGGUUCAACGUGAAGGUGAUCCGAGAUGGGUUUUGUGCUUGGAGUGAGGAGGAGUGCAGGAACUUUGAGCAUGGCUUCCGAGUGCAUGGGAAGAAUUUCCACCUGAUCCAGGCCAACAAGGUGCGCACGCGGUCCGUGGGCGAGUGCGUGGAGUACUACUACCUGUGGAAGAGAUCUGAGCGUUACGACUACUUCUCCCAGCAGACGAGGCUGGGCCGGAGGAAAUACGGCCCGUCGGGAGCCACGGAUGCAGAUCAGGACCUGGACAGCAGUGACCCCGACGGCACUGGCCGCCCCCGCUCCUCGCCGCCUCUGCCCCCUGCUGCUGACAGCCUGGGCUCUGAGCAGGACCCCUUGGCACGGAUGCACACAGAGCUGCUGAGCGUGGACAGCGCGGCCGGCAGUCUCAGUGAGCCUGGGGAGAGCUCCGACAGCCUCCCGUCCUCGGAGCCGGGGCCUCGUCUGUUCCAGCAGCUGGACACGCCCCCAGCUGUUCCCCUGCCCAGGCGGCCCCCAGCCCUGGACGAGCCAGCCUUCUGCCCCCCAGCCACAGCCCCUCCGGAGCCUGUCAGCAGCCCGAGACUGGCUGUGGACUUGGCCCUGCCCGGGGCCCUCCCCGAGGAGCUGCCUCUCAUCUCUAGCCGCGUGGACGUGAAUGGAGAGCCGGAGGAGGCUGUGGCCCCGGCACAGGUGGCCUUGUCGGUCACCGAGUUUGGACUCAUCGGCAUUGGGGACGUGAAUCCCUUCCUGGCUGCCCACCCAGCGUGCCCAGCCCCCGGGCUGCACUCGGAGCCCCUGUCACAGUAAUACAUUCAAAAGGUUCAAAACCAAAAAGGUACAAACGGGGCCAGUGCCAGGCUCCUCCCACCCCUGCCCCAGCCACCAGCCCUCCCCAGGCGCCAAGGACAGUGCUGCCUUGGGGAGCCUGUCCGCCAGCACAAGUGAAAACACGGUCUGCUGGGGGAGGCAAGGUUGGGAGCCACGGUUUCGGCCCACGGCACCCAGGGCGUGCCGUCUGUAGGACUGGACUGACCCUUUCUCGGUCUCUCCCCCGCAGCUGUAACGUGAUGACCUGUUGAUCCCUGGCCGCGGGCAGGCGUGCGUGGCCCGGACUGGACGUGGGCCACCGCGGGGCCUGCCUCUGCCAGUCUUCCCGACCCCUCCCCUCCUCGUGGGCCUCGGGUCACGUCUUCUCUGCUUCAGAACACGUCAAGGACAGGGCGAGCGGUGGCCGGGCCGCUGCCCUGCCCUCCUCACACGCAGACCGGCACCCUCGGGGCCCAGCACCGCUGUCCGUGCUGUCCAGGCCGCUGCCCCCAGCGCAGGACCCAUUGGGCGGCCGGAGGCGGAGGGCCCAGCCCCGGCUAGCCAGCAGACAAGGAAGGUGUCCCUGCCCCAGCAGGGAGGAAGGGAGAUGGGGCAGGAUGCUGCCCCCACCAGCAGCCUCCGCCCGGGGCGCCCUCAGCACUCCGCUUGGCUCCAUCUCCCUGCACCUGGCAGGGCCACAGGCUGCCCCAGCCCGGGGGUCGUGGGCAGCUGCUACUCGGUGCCAAACCCCGUGGGGCACAGAGCCAUAUACCUCGACGUCGGCCCCGCCCACCCUCGACCUCCAUCCUGCUCUCCACUUCAGGAAACGCCGCACUUUACGCCCCACCCGCCUCCUCCCUGUCUCCAGCCCCGAGCAGCCUCGGGCGUAAGGUUGAGGAGACAGGUGACCUGCACCCUCUUGGUACCGAGGCGCCAUUGCCUGCAGCACCGAGGGGCUGGCUCCAGUCCGUUCCCCUGACCCCGUGGGUCAUACUUCUGUUGAAGCUCCCCAGCAAGAUGGUUUGGGGUCCUGGUCCUUCUCUUUCCCCGCUUCCCUCGUUUUAUUUAUGUUUCUGUUUACAAAUUGGAGUGGGGUCCUCCACGGGGCCAGGGCAGCGCUCCCCAAGCCCCGGGUGUCACCAGGAGAGGGUUUUGGGUCGAGCCCGUCUGCAGUCGGCCUCGACCUUCCCUCACCCCACCAAGGACCACACUGUGAAGUGAUAACUGCCUUGAAUCCCUUGCUGUUUUAUUUAUUAAACUUGAUUUGAAGCCCA